AUGACGACCUGAGCGCGCUGGUUGGCCGCGCGCUUGUGACGCAUGGGCGCUUGUCGUGUCACGUGACUGCAGCCUGUAACGGGGAGGAGGUCUGCAGCUGUCUGGAUGUACUCAGGCUGCAGAGAAUCGAAACUUAUCCGAGGAGAGGGAAGUGUCGGGCGGUUACAAACGAAACCUCCUCGGGGUUUGCUCCUGUCAAAGUCUCUCCGUCUUCGUCCGGAAACAGCAUGGCACACGUUUAAACUUUGCUUCGGCUCAAUGAACUUCCUGGCUUCCUCUUCUUCUACUGUGGACAAGCAUGGACCCUGGCCGAGAGAAACGCAAGGAGGAGAUAAACAAAGCUCUGGCUUUUAUACAGUCUUCCCUGGCCUAUCCUGACCCCGACGGCUAUCAGGACUUCCUGACCCAGUUAGUGUGCAACCUGCUCGAUGAGGGCAACGCCUUCUUCAGGGAUGGCCAGUGCGAGCAGGCUGUCAAAGAAUUCAGCGAAGGCUUGAAUGUGUCAUGCUACGCUGAAACAGAGGAGAUCAAGAUCCCCGAAGCUUUGCUCGAGAGCCUGUAUGUCAACCGGGCGGCUGCCUACCACAGUUUGGGGGAGUAUGAACAAGGUGUGCUGGACUGCAACAGUGCUCUGGAGGUGUGCAAAGACAGCCGCAGAGCACUGUACAAGAAGGCCCUUUGUUUGAAGGGGCUUGGAAAGUAUAAGGAGGCCUACGAUUGCAGCGCCAGCUAUCUGCUCAUUAACCCUCAGGACCAACAGGUGAAUGAGCUCGCACAGGAACUGGCAAACCAUCUAGGACUGAAGAUUCGAAAACCUUACGUCAGCGCAAAGAUGUCAGGCGGUAAUGUAGAAAAUGGUAAUGGCGUUGCACCAGUCAACUUCCCCAGCGUGCCUCAGUCCUCAUUUCCUUCCACACCUACCAGCUGCAGCACACCUACUAACUCUGCAGUACCUGAAAGGUCGGGCACUAUCGAGGACUCCGAGCUGAUGGGAGAUGACAUAGACAGUCUGCUGGACUGUGUUUCUACUGAGCCGGAAACAGCUGAGGACGUAUUCUCAGUGCCCAGCGGGACAUCCACUUGCACACAAAGAGGCCCAUCUGUCCUGCCCGCACCGACACCCCAACUACCCCCGGCCUUUUUCAGCUCAGCCGUUAACCAACUCAACUCCUUGGACUCCUUUUCUGGUUCUGGGCUCGGCACCUCAGCUGCUACACUGGAUAUCCUAGACGACCUCUCGACCUCUGAAAAAGGUGGUGUUGCAGAUGCUUCAAACUUACUACUGACCCCUACGAGGCUGGACGGUCUGGACGGUCUUGAUUCCCUCGAUUCCCUCGAUUCUCUCGAUGACGCCUUGGAUAAGAUGCCGAGGGCUGCUGCUGCUGAAGAAGUUAUCGAGGCCAAAACAGAGCUGGAUGUAGGAGAAAAGUCUCUUGAUGAGCUGCUAGAUGAACUAGAUCCCUUAGAGACACUCUCUAAUCCAAGCAGCCAGGGCGAUCAUGUCUCUAAAAUUAGGAAUAGAUCCAUGGACCGGCUUGACUCCCUUGAUUCCUUGGACUCAUUUUCCUCGAUAGAGGGUGUUAGAGUAGUUUCGUCAGCAGUCUUAGUCGGGGGGUCUGGCCUGGACUCGCUCUCCGAUUUCAACUCAGCAGGUAUCUCAGGCUCUCAUAGUAUUGCGGCUCCAGUAAUGCGAUCUCCAAAAAAUCAUUACAAAGCGAAGGAAAACCAAAGGCCGGGUGCAGUGUAUAACCCUCUGUCCUCCACCCAUGAGUUCCUGCAGGCCUGCUCUGCUUGCUACCCUCGAGAAGGUGUAGGGAUAUAUACUUACGUUCACAAGCCAGACCUGGUCCACAACUGUAAGAGAGACAUUCUGCUAUGCAGACUAAAAGCCGACCCCCCUUUAGACUGGACCAGAGUGCGACCGCUGCCCAUACUGAAGGCCUUUGGUGGGCGAUUUCUACUUUGCAAAGAGUUGCUGAAGUCUGGAGAGCUGGGUGUGUGUAAGUAUGGAGAGAAAUGCACGUUUGCCUACAACCAGAUGGAGAUCGAUGUUUGGACAGAGGAGAAGAAAGGGAGGCUGGACAGAACCCGACUGUUUGGCACAAAAGCUUUUAAACUGGACCCCGUGAGCAGCAUCAUAUGCCUCCUACAGGAAAACAAAGGCACGUUCAUGUUCCUCUGUCAGGCGUGCUAUGACAGUAAACCGAGAAUAAUCAGUAAGCGCUUCCAAGACGAUCAGACCAUCUGCUCUAACUUGGAUGUUCGCCACAACUUUGAUGCUAAUAAGUGCUUGGCUUUCGUGGUGAGGACCCACAAUGUGAUUUACAAGAAGGUUCGCCCGUUGAGCAUCCUGUGUCACAUGGAUCUGUGCAACCAAGCCAUCCGGUACGGCUGUGUCAGAGAGGACAACUGCCACUACGCCCACUCUGUUAUCGAGCUCAAAACCUGGAAGGUGCAGAGAGAAACAGGUGUCAGCCCUGAUGAGAUUGUGAGAAUAUCCGCAAAGUAUCAUGACAAGCAGGAGCAAAACUCAAGCAAACAGAAAGGAAACAGAGUGCCUUUUGAAGGAGGUGGGAGCAAACCAGGAGGGGGAGGAGGUGCUGGGAAGAGUCUUAACAUGCGGAUGAAGUUUGCCUGCUGUCAGUGCUGGUUGGACGGCCUGAUCAGUGAGCCAGACAAAGGCCUCAAGCACUGCGGUGCUAAAGCUAGACAUGCGUGGACUAAAGACAGGCGAGUGCUGCUGGUCAAGUCCCAAGAGAGAAGUAAAUGGGUUCAGGUGCGACCACUGCCACACGCCAAGGAUCUCCCUGCACAGUAUUAUAUGUGUGCACAGAUUUUGGAGAAGAGGAAAUGUAGCUACUCUGGGGUCUGCACCUUUGCUCACAGCCCAGAGGAGAAGGACAUGUGGAUGUAUAUGAAAAAUAAUGACGUGAAAGACAUGCAGCAGAUGUAUGACAUGUGGCUGGAAUUAAGCGGUUAUAAUCGUCAAGCAGAUGGAUCCACGGUCAACCAGCCCAGCCCUGAGGAAAAAUACAUCACUAUGCCCACUGAUUAUGCUGAGCCAAUGAGUGGCUUUCACUGCCGCCUGUGUGGCAAACACAGUAACAGCGAGCGGCAGUGGCAGCAGCACAUUUCCACCGAGAAGCACAAGGACAGAGUGUUCAGCUGCGAGGGAGAAGAUGAAGCUCUGACGUGGAGCUACCGCUUCCCGGGUACACGCUUUGAACUGUGCUCCAAGUUGGAUGGCAGCUGUCCUGAUGGUGCAUGCUGUGACUACGCCCAUAGCCCGGAGGAGCUCCAGGAGUGGAUAGAGAGACGAGAGUUCUUACGACAAAAGCUGGCCAAAGCUAGGGAAGAUAUGCUCGUCAUGCCUGAUGAGGUCGACUUUGGAAAAUACAACUUCCUGCUUCAGGACUAACAAGAAUUUGACUUUGUGAGCCAAUUUUGUAACUGCCAAACAGCAUUUCAGUUUGUCAAGAGUUUUCAAAUUAAAACCAACAGCAGCAGUUCACUCGAAGGCACAUAUAUAUUUAACAAACCUGAAUUUAAAAAAGCGCAUAUUUUAAUUUUCUUGUGACUUCACGGCGCUACAUUCACAGCUCGUGUCUCUCCAGCCAAAACAUUAACUGCACUGUGCUGUGAGCGUAAGGCUAUGUGGUGCCACACUAAGAAAGAAAGAAAAAAUGAUCAUCAGUGAAGAUUUAUAAAGGUUUCAUAUGCCAUACCUGCAGCCUUCCUCGUGCCUUUGUUGUUUUACCUUCUGUUUGUGUUUUGCUCAAUCAGGGAAUGUUACUGAAGUGUGCCUUCAUUGUGCAGUUCAUUAAGAAAGGAGGUUUUCAAAACUUUCAUUGUGCAAUAAAAUGUCCCCUAUAUGGCAAGCUGGCUUGUACUUCUGAUUUGUACUCGUGCAAAGACAGCAGAGGUCCAAUUUUGUGUUCUGUUUAAUACAUUUGAACUAAUUGAGUGGUAAGGGAGUACUUGACCCCAAUGACUAUCUCAACCACGAAAGAAUAUCAUUCCUUUGCCUUGAGAUUCUUGGGUUGUUUUUGUAGUGUGCUUUGGAUCAUUGUGCAUUUGCACUGUGGAGAGCUCUCUGAUCACUUUUGUAGCAUUUGUCUGAAUCUGGGCAGAGAGUGUAACUCUGUACACGUCACCAUUCAUCCUGCAGCUUCUAUAAGCAGUCAUAGUAUCAGUGAACGCUAGUAAACCAGUUAUAGUGCUAUCUGUAUAAACUAUACUGCCAAAAGCAUUCAGUCACCCAUCCAAAUCAUUGAAUUCAGGUGCUUAAAUCAAUUGUAUGGCCACAGGUUUAUAAAUUUCGCCACCUAUUCAUGCAGACUGCAUUUAUGAAAGAAUGGGUCAUCCUCAGGGGCUCAGUGAGUUCCAGGGUGGUCCUGUCAUAGGAUGCUAUCUGUGCAACAAGUCCAGUCGUGAAAUGUCCUUGCUGCUAAAUAUUCCACAGUCAGCUGUUAGUGGUGUUAUAACAAAGUGGAAACGACUGGAAAUGACAGCAACUCUACUAUGAAGUGGUAGGACAUGUAAAAUCACAGAGUGUGUUCCGUGGAUGCUGAGGCUUAUAGAGCACAGACGUUGCCAAUUUUCUGAAGAAUCAACCGCUAUAGUCCUCCAAACUUCAUUUGACCUUUAGAUUAUGUCAAGAACAGUGCAGCCAGACCUUGAUACAAUGGGUUUUCAUGACCAGGCAGCUGCGUCCAAGCUUUACAUCACCAAACACAACAAACCGUCAGAUUCAGUAGUAUAAAGCACACACUGGACUCUAGAGCAUAGACGAUUCAUGCUUAUCCAUAUGGCAAUCUGAUGAAUGAUUCUGGAUUUGGUGGAUGUCAGGAGAACGGUACUUGUCAUUGUGCCAAGUCUAAAGUUUGGUAGAGGGGAGAUUAUAGAGCGAGUUUGGUGUGGAAGAAGUUGACUCUUCUGACCUCAACACAAUCAAACACCUUUGGGAUGAAUUAUAGCAGAGACUGAGAGGCAGACCUCAUGGAUGUACUUCUGGAAAAAUGGUCAAAAUUUCCCAUAAACACUACUAAACCUGUGGAAAGUCUUCCCAGAAGAGCUGAAGCUGUUAUAGCUGCAAAGGUGCAAAGGUAUAUGCACAUGCCAUAACAUCCCGAUCAUGUUUGAAGGUAAUGUGGUAUUCUGUAUCAUUCUUGUACAAGUUCAUCUUGUUUUCAUCUGUUCAUAGAAUUUUCCAGAACUGUGAAGGCUCUUUUAGAUGUUUUCUGCCAAAGUCUAAUCUGUAACAAGUAGUUUUCACCUCAUGAUAAACUUUCUGUGUUUUUCA